AAACAAAAAACGAUUCAAGGCUAGCUCUGAAUGUAAAUCACAUCCCCGAAGUGAAAGGCACUAGCGCAUUGCAUUUUAGGUGCAGCUGUUAUAGAACAAAAUAAGGCACAGAUCGCAUAUCCAAAAAGGGGAUUCAUUGAUACGAUGCUAAAAAGACUCUAAAGUUAGAUGACACCCAUGUACAUUUGAGACUACGUACCACUUAACGAUAUGACAUCGGAAUCAAACUCUACAUACUUGCGCAAGAAAGGCAACAAGCACUAUGCCAAUGCAUUACAAGAUGGUUCUCCAUCAAUAAUGAGAGAUAACCUAAUCAUCGCAAUGAAGUAUUAUUACAGUGCUGAAAGAGAGGCUGGUGACCCUGAUGAAAUAGCAUCAGCAAGAAAAAAUAUUGGAAUCGCGUGUUGGAGGGUUGCGACACUGAAUGUAUCUCUGAAUGAGAAACUAGAUAUAUGUUUGCAAUACUAUAAGCAGGCUUUGGAUAAUAUAUCAAGGUCCCUGAUGAAUUGUACUGUGAAGUCCAAAGAAUGGAAAGUUAAUACUAGAAAAAAGAUGGAGGAUUGUUUGGAAGAAGCUAUCGAGUAUAUUUCUAGCCUUGAUUACGGUGCAAAGAUUCGGGCAUUGGAAGAUUUGUCUGGUGUUGUCUACUAUCGAGAGACUAAAGCAGCUAUUUACCUCAGGAUCGCCACUGAAAUGUUCCACAAAUCGGUCUCCAAACUCGCAGCCGGUGAUAUAAAGGGGUCUUUAGCUCUCUUGGGGGAUUGUUACAGACCUGUACAAGAGGCUAAAAAGUUCGACACUGAAAUAUAUGAUGAUCAGUUUGAUACUGAUCUCCGCGUGCUUGAAGGUGAUUUGCUUCUACAUAGUUGUAUAUCAGAAGCCAGCCAGGCCCUACAAACAGGUGAUGAACUUUUAGAACAUAUUACCCUGGACCAAGAGGACAUCAACAUAGACAUGGUUUGGGAGGUGGUUGACUGGUACAAGAAAUCUAUUCUUCUCACACGUGAGCUUGACCUAGAGAGGGAAGCCAUUGCUCACAGUAAACUUGGCAAUGUGUAUGACCGCGUGUUUAAAAUGAAGGAGUAUGCAAAGAGAAACUAUAAGCGUGGUAUAGAACUUGCCUGCACCCUUGCACCAAGGACAUUUCAUGAUCAACAAUGGUAUAAAGAUUGUGCGGCAGCCCUACAGAAAUAUCAGCAAGAAGCAGCCCGACAAGACGGCAAGGAAUACGAGGAACGUAAGAAAAAAUACCAUGCCAUACUCAAAGAUGAAUUAGCCAUUCUCAAAAAAUGGAAAGAGAAAAAUGAUGCAGGAAAGAAAGGAAAUGCAGAGCUUUUGAAAUGCAUCUAUAAGAAAUUCCCCUUGAGUGACCCUAAAAAGACCAUUGACUCUGGAAUUGAUACACAGGAAUAUGAUAAAAUGAGGAAGGCAUGGAUAAAGGCAAUUUCGCACUACCAUCCAGAUAAGGUAAAUGCGGAUGAUGAUGGAGAAAAACUGAAAUUCCUGCAUGAGGAAAUAACUAAGGUUAUCACUAAUGUAUACAAUAGAGAUUUUAAGGGAGGGAUUGAAUGACUUUAAUCCAACAUUAUGUAUGAACGAUGUGAUUCUUACCUUCGAAGGGUGAAAAUGGUUGUGAGUUAUUCGAAACUGUCACCUAUUUUAUCGUGAUUUCUAUACCUGUAUACCAAUUAUAUAUAUAAAUAUAUUACAUCUGUUGAUAUUUAGUCCUUAUAAUUGCCAAACGUGACAAUAGCAAUCAUCAACAUUGCGAAUAAGCACGUUCAUGAUAAACUAUAUGUAAUAUGAUAGAUAUACAUGUAUUUCUAUAGAAAAAUACACUUAGAAUGGAAUCAAAUUUUACUUAGACUAUCAUAACAAGAUCCAAAUGUCAACCAACCACAAAAAGCACUUGAGUACCUCUCCUCAAAAAUUAUUGAAGUGGAUGACAUUUUAAGAAAGAGCCCGAGGCCAACCUUCAUGAUAGUAUGACUACCACACUCAUUGAUGAGGAGACAACAAAUCAGACCUUAAAAUCUUAAAUGGAUAUUUUGAAUAAGAUUGCUCAUGUUUAGAGAGGUUCAAACCACCACAAUGAUAAAGCCGAAAAUCGAACGUUACAGGAAUUACGUAAAGAAACAGGUUACAGUGAUUUGAUUCCAUUCUAAGUGUAUCAUAUACAUUUAUUAAAAAAGUUGGUCCUAUAAUUGACCCCUGAAGAAUGCCAGAUUUUAUGAUUUCUUCGUCAGAACAUUCGUAAUUAUAACAAAUGAUCGGUUCUCUGUCCUUUUAGUAAGAUGCCAACCAGUUUUUUUACAUUACCUCUCAAACCAUAAAAAUCAAGCUUGUCAAGUAAAAUAUGGUGAUCAACAUUGUCAAACGCUUUUGACAGGUCCAACAUAGUCCAGUAUUAAAGUUAUUAUUAUCAAUAAUAACUUUAAAUUCUGUAGCUUUACUCUGGCUUUCAAACAACUACAAUUAUCUGUUUUAUUGAAAUUUCAAUUCAAUAUAUUUCUUAAAUAUUUACGAAUACAAAUAAACUAUAUAUACACUUUAAAACUUAUUUGCAAUAAAUCGACCAUGGAAAUCCAUAGGUAAAUGUAUAGGCAUAUAUGCAUAGUUCAUCAUUUCCAAUGUGGUACCAUUUAAAACAGCCAAAUAAUUUUUGCCCUUUUCUCCAUCUAAAAUAGAGGUGAUGACAACCCCAUCAUCCUCGGAGGAAGAAUCGGGGCGGGGAAUGAACCAGGGUUCCAUAGGGUAAUGGUUAGGUUUGUGCCAUAUAAGGUCAGCACUUGGAUUACCACAGACAUUCUUUUUUCCAAUGGCCCAUUUACCGUAAUGAAUGUUAUCAGCUUUAAAAAUGGUACCCCAGAAAUUGCAAUAAUUCAAAGAACGGUGAUUUUCAUUAAUAACAGGGAAUUCAAUGUGAGUCAUGACGCUGUCAAUAGAUGGCAUACUAUGUAAAUGCUCUGCGGUCACAGUUAGUGUUGUUAAAUCAAGUGUGAAUCGAGUCAAUCUAUUUGGAGUUUCAAACUUGUUUCUUUCUUCAACAUUUAUCAUAGUCGGGACAGUAAUUCCAGUUAGCUGUUCAAAACCAGGGAAAUGAGUGCAAUCUGCGACAAUUUUUGUCCCAUUGUCAGUUUCAUAAGAGUUAAUAAAGUGAAU